AUGGUGAUCUGGCGCAGCAUCCGAAUCAAGGACGAAUAUGCAGGAUUCUUAAUCACUUCCGUGGUUAAAAAGAGUAUUCACACGGAAUACGUGGCCAUCAUGUACCCCCUCCGACCGCGAAUGGGCUGGAAGGGGACGAUCCUCAUCGUGGUAUGGAUCUGGGUAUCGUCCAUCUUCAUAUCGAUGCCCAACAUGCUGUUCUACACGACCGAGGCCCUGCCCAUCAAGGACGGAGGGGAGCGGAUCGUCUGCUAUGGAGCCUGGCCCGACGGGGACCAGGGGGAGAGUCACCUCGAAUACGCGCACACGGUGAUCCUCAUGGUGCUGACCUACAUAGUGCCGCUUCUGUGCAUGGGCUACACCUACGCCAGGAUCGGGAUGACGCUUUGGGGGAGCAGGACCAUCGGGGAGCAGACGCCGCGCCAGAUGGAGAGCAUACGGUCGAAGAGGAAGGUCGUGAAGAUGAUGAUCGUCGUGGUGACCAUCUUCGCCGUGUGUUGGCUUCCUUACCACGUCUACUUCAUCCUAUCCAAUGUGGUGAGUAUCCCGGGGGAGUCGGUGACGUAA